GUGACAGACCGGGCCUUAGGAACAGGAAUGGGGUGGUGUGGCGGGGUGUGGUCAGAGGUCCUGGACUUGCCCAGGCCUCUGCCCACCAGCCUGUGGGAUGCGGGGUGUGGUUCUGAAGUCUCCGAGAGCUCCAAGGGAGUGUCAGGGAAGGAGUGGGGCUGCUCUGGGAAGGGGCACGGCUGGUUCUUGGGACUGGUCCUGCUGCAGGUUGGUCUCAACAGGGGAUUCCUUGGAGCCACUUGGGUUGUGACAGUGACUGCAGUGGGAGGCCAGGAUUACAAGAAGUCACAUGAUUUCUGCGGUCCUUCCAAUUUGGUCCUGAAUGAAAUGCCUACUUCAAGUUAGCCAAGCCUAGGGCCUAAGACCAGUUACUUAUGAACACGUAUUCGUAAGAUUUUAACAUACACGCACUUUUUUUUCAGGUUUUUGGAUGUUAUCAUCUUUUUUUAAUUUAACUUUUAUUUUAUAUUGGACUAUAGUUGAUUUACAACGUUGUGUUAGUUUCAGGUGUACAGCAAAGUGACUCAGUUAUACAUAUAUCCAUUCUUUUUCAGAUUCUUUUCCCAUAUAGGUUAUUACAGAGUAUUGAGUAGAGUUCCUUGUGCCAUACAGUAGGUCCUUGUUGAUUAUCUAUUUUGUAUAUAGUAGGGUGUAUUCCACUCACUUUUCAAUGAGAGAAACUAUCCAGCAAAUCUGGAAUGACUGUGUUGUUUUAUUCAGAACUUAACCCCAAUUGUGAUUUUGAGUUGUCACAUCCUCCUUGAGAUGCUCUCUCGUUUCCUGGUAUGCCUCAUGUGGAAUUUAGUUCUCUCGAGUCUAAAUUAUGCAUCAGAAGUUUGUGUGAGCAUCUGAUGACUUCAUUAUCAGUAGUAAUGUACUCGUGUUCCACCAUUCAGCUGCAGUAUUUGAUCUCAUUUUACCAUAAAUUAUUUCCUAGCUGUCCUUUAUGUUAUGGUUCAGGGCAUUGUAUUGUUUUUUUAACAAUUCUCCAUGGAGGUAGCUUGUAUAGCCUAUGAAUUUCAUUUCAGGAGAGUAGAGGAGGUGUUAUAAAAUACUUACUUGCUAUACAAAAGGGACAUUGGGGCUGAUGGAUGAGAACCCUGCUCUCCCAGCUGGCCUCCCCGCAUUCCUCACCCCAGUGGGCCGUCUCCUGUACCCGGUUCAGGGAGCAGCCAGCAGCCCACUCCUGCUCUGGGCGGUCCCCAGCCCCCCAGCCCCUGUCUGCCCCGGGCCUGCAAGGAGCCUCGAGGCUGCUGCUCUGGCACAGCGGACGGAGCCUGGGCCCCUCACUCUGCGGUUGAGCCCCCACAAGAAGGGCUCGUGACCCACUUUCAUGGGGAUCCCAGGGGAGGCUUGGGGUCCAGGCAGUGCUCCGUGCUCCAAAAGCAUCACGUGGAGGCUCUGUUUGGGGUCACAGCCAGCUCAGGGCUGGCUUCUGCCCCUUGGUCAGAGGGGCCAGAGGCCAGGGCCAAGCAUCUUCAGCAAAACCUCUGGGAAUCCCCAGGGGUCUCAGGCCAGAGACCAUCCUCAGAACCACCAACUGCCCUCCCAAGCCCAGUGGGGGCCCCGGGCCAGCCCCCGCACCACUGCUGUCCUCUUGGCCUGAGUGGGUUCUGGGCUGGAACUGCAGGAAGGACAGUCAGGUGGGGUUACAGGAGCCCCUCGUUCAGCAUGAGAGUGGUGAGAGUUGCGACUCCGCUCUCAGGAGGCGUUUCACCCGGUGCUGUCAGGGUGGGUAGACACCCGGAUGUCACAGGGCGGGGGGGGCCUGAAGGUCGCCAGGAACGUGGCUGGAAUCUGCUCGGGGGCCCUGUCCUCCCCCAGCCCAGGCAGAGGCUGCCAAGUUUGGGCCUAUCCUCUCCUCCUGUCCUUAUUUGGUGCGCUCCAGGUGAUAAGGCUGAGACAUAAAGGGGGCUGUGGGCCCCUCGCAGCAACCAGGCUGCUGCAGAGAGAGACGAUGGUGAGUGCCAGGUGGGGGGUACUCAAGGCCAGCGGCCCCCCAGGUGCUGUCCUUUGGGCUGGGGGAGCGGAGCCAGUGACUUCUGUGCUUGUAUUGGGCCCGGAGAGACGUUCUCCAGGGACAGGAAGAGGACCCUGACCCGGGCUCUCCCGGGAAUGCUCUGGGGAGGUCCGUGGCAGGGAGUCCUCGGGGAGCUGGGGAGAGGACCCCUCCACUCCCACUGUGUUGCAGGCCAGCAGGAAGGCGGGGACCCGGGGCAAGGCUGCGGCCACCAAGCAGGCCCAGCGAGGCUCUUCCAACGUCUUUUCCAUGUUUGAGCAAGCCCAGAUCCAGGAGUUCAAGGAAGCCUUCAGCUGCAUCGACCAGAAUCGUGACGGCAUCAUCUGCAAGUCGGACCUUCGAGAGACCUACUCGCAGCUAGGGAAGGUGAAUGUCCCAGAAGAGGAGCUGGAUGCCAUGCUGCAAGAAGGGAAGGGGCCCAUCAACUUCACUGUCUUCCUCACACUCUUUGGAGAGAAGCUCAACGGGACAGACCCCGAGGAAGCCAUCCUGAGCGCCUUCCGCCUGUUUGACCCCAGUGGCAAGGGCGUGGUAAACAGGGAUGAGUUCAAGCAGCUUCUCCUGACCCAGGCGGACAAGUUCUCUCUGGCCGAGGUGAAGAUUCCGGCUCCUUCGACACCCCUCCAGGCCCCUUCGCAGGGCCCCCAGCCCGCAGGGCCCUGGGGAGGUCUCGGUGACCCACUGCCCUCGUGGCCGUAGCGCCCAGCUUUCCGGGGAGGUGCCACCUCUCUUGGGAUCUGGACGGUGAAGGACAUGGAAUCAGAAAAGGAGGAGGGUGCAGGCUGGGUGAGCUGUGUGUGCAGAGGCCCAGGCGUGAGAGUGCGGUGCACCUCAGGAUCUGGAAGAGGUUUCCUACACUGGGGAGGGGGAGGGGAGGGGAGGGGGCCGGGCCCGUGGCCAGGGUGGGCCCUGAGACCCACGGCACCCUUCGCUCCUGCCCCAGCCUCCGGCUGAAAACGCUUAGGGGCAGCAUACAGCCCCAGGGGCGGGGCGAAGGGUCUCAGGCCUCCCUCGGGUCACAGGCACCGGCCCCCAGGACGCCCUGGCUGGGCGGCGUCUCACCAGUGCCUCCCCAGGUGGAGCAGAUGUUCGCCCUGACGCCUAUGGACCUGGCCGGGAACAUCGACUACAAGUCCCUGUGCUACAUCAUCACCCAUGGGGACGAGAAGGAAGAGUGAGCCCGAGGCGCUAGCGGCUGGGACUCAGGGCCGGCCUGUGGGGACACCUCAAUAAACGCUGUUUCCGAAUU